AUGUUUGGAAACACUCUUGCAGCAAACAAUACUCAAACAUAAUAAUAAAUUAAUUCAGCUCCUUCAAUUUUUGGCACUUCUAAUAAUUUAUUUAGUCAACAAUCUAAUCUCUUUGGUUAAUAGUAAUAACCAUAAGGAAUAGUAGGAUAACCAUAAUAACAGAAUAUAUUUGCUAAUAAUACUUAAAGUAAUCAACCAUAAUAAUAAACUAAUAUCUUAGGAUAAUAACAAUAAUCAAAUCCUUUAUUAGGAUAAGUAUAAUAAUAAACUAUUACUUAAUUAGGAUAAACUUAAACAUCUAAUAUAUUUGGAUAAUAAAACCAAUAACAACAACAACAACCAUAAACAUAAACAUAAAUAACACAAUAAUCUACAUUAUAAUAACCAGCUUAACCUAAAGUGCAUACUAUGAAUUAAAUCAAUUAAUAAACUAAAUUACUCAUUGAAAAUAUGGCUAAAACUAUUGCAAACAAAGAAAAGAUUGAUAAAAAUUAAAAAAAUUUAUAGCUCAUUGAAAAAAACUCAUUGAAAAAUAUUUAAUAAUAAUAAUAAUAAUAAUUAACUAUUGGAAUUAAUUAAACAUAACAAUAGAUUUCAAGAACUCUCUUAAAGGGUGAUCGCAGAAAUCAUACUUAAAAGGCUGAAAAUUAUUAUAAUGAAUGGAAUAAACUAUAUCUAAGCAUUAAUAAAAAGUAAGAUGAAACUCUUACUUAAUUGACUGCUAUUAUUGAUUAAUUAACCUAGUAAGACACAGUUUAUGGUAAUAAUACUCUUUCUAUUAUCAUUAGAUAUAGAUGAUGAGUCACUUAUUGAUUCUAUUCAAUAAUUGGGUAAGGAAUUGGAUGAUCUAGAACGUAAAAUCUAUUCAGUAGUUUAAACUUAAUAAAAAGUACUUGGAUUAGAAAAAGAAGAAUCUGAAUGGGAUUAAAUUGUUAAUAAUUUAAGUGAGUGUUUAUUACACUUAGAUUUAUAAACUGUAUCUAUUUAUCAUAAAUUUUAGAAAGAAGUGGAAGAUUUAUUACUCUAAGCAGAAAAGAAUCCAAAAGUAUAAAAUAAAUGA